UUCCGGUUACCAGAUUGAACUUGUUUUUGAAAAACGAAGAAAUGCCACAGCAGGAUCAUCUUGGUGGAGAGUGGGCCCACUGUACUCUCGACCGGGCACAGAGAAUGGGACAAAACGUUCUCCAGCGCACAGUGAUGCGGAAGAUAGAAUGGCCGUCACAGAGGCAUGACCAGAAAAACCCUGUUGAGGAUCCAUUGGUGUAUACAACAGUAGAUGAUGCAUUUGCUUCUGUGCUACAGUUUAUGUCCCAAACUACCAGACAGUGUCAGAGAUUUUACAAGAGUAACGAAGACAAUGCAAGGAAUCAUUGUGAUGAAGUCCAUUGUAACCGCUUCCAUACCCCAGCGUACACAGAAAUCCAACACAAAAACCCACUGCAGAGGACUGAAGAUGUCCAUGUGGUGGUCCAUCCUGGGACGUAUGCUGUUACUGCCGGAUCAUGGGGGACACAACAACAACAAACUCACAUGGUCAACGUAAAUCAGGGACAGACGGUCAGUCUCGACUUCUGUAUGUGACAGUGCCAAGUCAUAUCAGUCAACUGUAUACAACAAUAGCUGGUCAGACUGAUCAGUGGUUAGCUGUGUAAGUGAAUAUUGAAUUCGCACGGCCAUUUUACCAUCGGACAAAUGGAGAAAUACAUUCACUUUCGCAAUCAAUUAAUCAAUUGUGUUGUGCAAUGUUUGUAAAGGACAUGUGUGGUAUAAGUGCUGAUUCAGCCAGAAUCAUGAACAUUGAUUAUAAGGGAGAGUAACUUGCAAUAAUGAUCUAUACAAAAGAUAUUUAUUAUUAUUUCAAUGGUUGAAAAAUGAUCAACCAACGUUCAAUAUUUGUGGAAUGCAAUACAGUAUACAGUGGGCAAUUUCCCUUACUUAUUAAACAUUUGGUGACCAUUAUUUGCACAGUAAUAAGAUAAUAGUUACAUUGCAGUAGUCAGUGUGAAAAUGUGAGAGAUGUGAAUGUGGUGUGUGCGAAAGGAAUUAACAUAGAUACAAACAUUCUAUAAAAGGCAGAUCUGUGAUCUAGAGAAAAAGUUUCAGUCCUAUUACAGAGUGUCAAAUGUGAUGUUUUAGUUAUAUUUAUUUAGGGAAAUUACUGAUCCAGAUAUUAUUUAAUUGAUAUCGGUUGACAAAAUUGAAAUGUCAGUGAAUUUUUGGGAGUCACUUUUCUGAUGAUUGAAUACUUAUGUUUACGUGCAUUCAAAUGUCUUUACUUUUUAUACCUUUAGAUUCUUUUUGUGACAAUCUUUUAUCUGCUAUAUCUUUACAAAUACUUUUGUUUUAUUUUCACCAGAAGAAUUCAUGUAGUAGUAAGCUAAAUCAUUGGACCUAUUCCCUUUUCUUCCUAAUUGAUCCUUUCUCAAUAUUAUGAAUGCAUAAUGUGUGAUUUUUCAUUGUUUU